AUGUCGCUGAAGCUACCGCCUGUAAUUAUGGACAAUGGGACGGGUUAUACUAAACUCGGCUUUGCUGGCAACAAUGCCCCGUCCUUUGUCUUUCCGACUGUAGUCGCCACUCGCGAUUCUCCCUCCGGCCAUGCCACCGGACCUUCUAUUCCAUCCAAACCCUCUCACCUUUCCUCAAAUAUUGCCUCCAAACGUGGAAUUGAAGAUCUUGAUUUCCAUAUUGGCGACGAGGCGAUAGCCAACAGUAAGACGUAUGGAUUGCAUUAUCCGAUAAGACAUGGACAGAUCGAGAAUUGGGAUCAUAUGGAAAGGUUUUGGGAGCAAAGCAUCUUCAAGUAUCUAAGAUGUGAGCCGGAAGAUCAUUAUUUCUUGUUGACAGAACCUCCAUUAAAUGCACCAGAAAAUCGUGAACAAACGGCUGAAAUUAUGUUCGAGUCAUUCAAUAUCCAAGGUUUAUAUAUUGCUGUUCAGGCCGUCUUAGCUUUGGCUGCUAGCUGGUCGUCGAAUAAGACAAGCGACUACGUGUUGACGGGAACUGUUAUUGAUAGCGGAGACGGUGUUACGCAUGUUAUACCAGUGGCAGAAGGUUACGUGAUCGGAUCGUCAUUAAAGCAUAUUCCAAUCGCCGGACGUGACCUCACAUACUUUGUCCAACAACUCCUCCGCGAUCACAACGAAACCUCCAUCCCUCCCGAGGAUUCACUCAAA